AUACUAAUUGCUAAUUGUUUCCCCCUGAUGAUCACAAUUAGUUACCAUAUAAGUAGAACUGUGUUUGAGACUUUGCACUGUUCAAAUAUGGAGCAGGAUAGACUCGUAGGGAGAGGAAACCUUCAUCGAAGAGGUGGUGGUGCUCCUCGACAGAGAGGUGGUCUUCAGAGAAAUGUAGGCAGAAGACAACGCACCAUCAUCUCUAAUGAAGUCCGGGCCAUCAUUGUUGACCAUGUGGUUAACAGAGGCUUUACCAUGGCUGAGGCUGCCAGGUUGGUACAGCCUAAUUUACAAAGGUCAACUGUCAGCUCUAUCAUCCAAACUUUUCGCCAAGAAAACCGAAUUAACAGGAGACAACCUGGUGGUGGUCGCCCACGUGUUUUGACUGACCAGCAGGAGUUGGCUGUGGUGGAAAUGGUCAGGGCAAGGAAUGACAUACGGCUGUCUGAAAUCAAACAGGCUAUUGAGAACAGCAAUGACACCUUUGCCAAUGUGCCAUCAAUUAGCCUUCCAACGAUUGCCCGGCUUUUGAAGAAGCACCAGGUUUCCAUGAAACAAAUUUACUUGGUUCCUUUUGAGAGGAACAAUGUCCGGGUGAAACAACUGCGUUCAGAAUAUAAUCCAAGCCUGGAUUCGUCAUGCCAGGAGAUUUUUCCCACGGUGCCUGAACAACGAAGACAUCCACUGUGAUGUUGAUGAAAAUUUAUGGCCCAAUGUUAAUGACCGGCUUGAUUAAUUGUGU